UCCAGCUGUUUGUAUCUCUCGUCAACGAGCGCUGCUAGCCUGCUAACUGGGACCGAUUUAUUUCGUUAAAGCAAAACCUAAAAACGGGCUAGCCAAUUCGGACAGACGUUUUAUUCACCGUUGUCCGCUGGAAGCGCCCUCCGUCGAUAAGCUCGUCCGAUGUGCAGUCGGUGGACCGACGAAAGCGGAGACAUUGCCUCGCGCGCCGUCCUUUAGCCGCCUCUGAGAUCAGCUAGCAGCUAACAGCGGAGCGCUCGUUAGCUCCGAUUUCCUCCGUGACACAAUGAAUUGCCUCUGACAUUGAGAGGACUGAGGCCCAGUCGGUUGUCACAUCGGAGCAACCAGAGCAACCAGAGCCCAGAACUACCAAAGGUGGGUCUUGGUGAAGAAGUGGGCGAGCCGUCAGUCAACUUGCCGAUGCUCCCCGGUUUUGAGCUGCCAAGAUGAUGCCGAUGAUAUUGACGGUGUACCUCAGCGAUGGGGAACAGGCCUUGACUGAGGUGCCCAUCACCCCUGAAACGACGUGCCGCGACGUCGUCGAGUUCUGCAAAGAGCCCGGCGAGAGCGGCUGCCACCUGGCCGAGGUCUGGAGAGGCAACGAGCGAGCGAUCCCCUUCGAACACAUGAUGUAUGAACAUUUGCAGAAAUGGGGGCCUCGGAAACAAGAAGUAAAGUUCUUCCUCCGGCAUGAAGAUUCACCGACGGAGAGCAGUGAUCAAGGGAGUCAGCAGUCUCAGGAUCAGACGAGUCGCAGAGGUGGAAACACUGGAGAGAAGCACAGUGAGAAUGGGGUGGGGAAUCAGCGCGUGGAGCUCACGCUGUCAGAGCUGCAGGAGAUGGCCACGCGGCAGCAGCAGCAGAUCGAGGCUCAGCAGCAGAUGCUCGUCGCAAAGGAGCAACGUUUGCGUUACCUGAAGCAGCAGGAGCGGCGACAGCAGCAAACCGUUUCAGAGAGCGAAAAACUGCAGAAGCUGAAGGAGCGCGUGGAGAGCCAGGAGGCCAAGCUCAAGAAGAUUCGGACGAUGAGAGGCCAGGUGGACUACAGCAAGGUCAUCAAUGUCAACCUGUCGACGGAGAUUGAGCAAGUCAGCAGCCUGUUCCAGGAGAAACAGGCCGAGUUACAGUCAGCGGUGCUGAAGGUCGAGCAGCUCAGCCUGCAGCUGGAGGACCUGCGGAAGGGGAAGCUCAACGGCAUCCAGACCGUCCUGGGGGGCCAAGUCACCGGCGCUGCUGCCCUGGAGCUCCGUAAACUCUACCAGGAGCUUCAGAUCCGGAACAAGCUGAACCAGGAGCAAAACGGCAAGCUGAAGCAACAAAAGGAUCUUCUCAACAAGCGCAACAUGGAGGUCACGCUCAUGGACAAGCGCAUCAGCGAGCUGCGGGAACGCCUCUUCAAGAAAAAAGCUGAGGCACGUCAAAAAGAAAACCUUCCUCUUAACAGAACCAACGGGCCUCCCUCUCCACAGCCAGCUCCUGGUACUCUGGGCCGUGUUGCUGCUGUUGGGCCGUACAUCCAGGUUCCUGUACCGGGUCGACAGGAAGGAGGCUACACCAUACCACCUGAUCCCCUGAAGCCUCAGACUCUGGGCGUCAAUAACCAAGCUAACCAUGGCCGCACCAAGUCAGACGGUGUGCGCAAGCCUCCCGGCCCUUGGAAGGUGUCUGAUUUAGACAUCGUUGUGGACCCGGUGGCCCUUCCAGCAUCACACCCGGGCACUGGAGCCUCCACUGGCUCUGACGGCACGUCCCCUAAUGAUACAGGUUGGCCUACUUUAGGCAAGACCAACACAUCUCUCAAGCCUCCUGAGAGACGAAUCUCAGUGGCGGAUAGUAAGGGCAAGACUCCUCCCUCAGGCUCCCCCGUCGCUCCAAGUGCCGAAAAGGUGCUCGACUCCAAAAUGGCUGUGUCCUCCCCGGCCAUAUCCAAGCCACAGCCCCCUCCCUAUGGCUCCCACCUCAUCACCGCAAACUCGGCCAGCUCCUUGGAUCGGCGCAGGGAUGUACCUCCUCCUCGCCCGCUCCCGAACCCGCCAGCUCCUGCUUGGCCCCGCGUGCUCCCCGCCACAGGCUCCUCCUCCCAGCAGAUCCAGCAGCGAAUCUCGGUGCCGCCAAGUCCCACCUACCAGCCACAUGCACCGCUUUUCCCUCCUGGGCUGAGCGAGCGACUGGAUGCCCCGCCCGCUGUGGCAGUACGCCCGUUUAUCCCGGACAGAGGGUCGCGGCCUCAGUCGCCCAGAAAGGGCCCCCCGACCAUGAACUCCAGCUCCAUCUAUCACAUGUACCUCCAGCAGGCAGCGCCAAAGAGCCAGCCACUCAAGCCGGCUCUCAAAGCAGUGUACGGGAAGCCUGUCUUCACCCCCAGCUCGACUCCCCCCUCGCCUCUGCCUUUCGUCCCGGCCGGAGGGGCCUUCCCAUUGCUCCAAGGCCACCCGGGUGGUGACGACACUUUGGACGGAGAAUUCGAUGAUCACUCAGCGCCUCCUCCCAGCGUGGAGAACAUCCCACGACCACUCAGCCCCACUAAGCUCACACCCAUGGUUCAUUCCCCGCUGCGCUACCAAAGUGACGCCGAUCUCGAGGCGCUCCGUAAAAAGCUGGCCAACGCGCCGAGACCGCUCAAGAAGCGCGGCUCCAUCACAGAACCAGAGGGCCCCAGCGGACCUAACAUCCAGAAACUGCUCUACCAGAGAUUCAACACGCUAGCAGGAAGCAUAGAGGGAAAUGGAGUCAGCGGAUCAGGAAGUGGCAAGGGUGCGGGUCAUGGAAUGCCAUUUUACCAGCCAGCUAAUCCUCCCGCAUAUCUGGGAGGCGACACAGACAAUGGUAACCUCCCCUCUGAGGUGCCGCCACCACCGGGGGCAGAGCAGCCGGGCUCCGAGGCUCCAUCCCCCUCUACUGGCGCUAAUGACAACGAGUCGCUGCCCUCGCCACCGGAGCUCGACUAUGCGGAAGCGGAGGACGACAACAAUAACAACACGGGCAGCUCUGAGGCGUCGCUGCCCAGCCCCGUGCCGGAGGUGACCACUCCAGAAGAGAGCGGAAUAGGGGUCUCACAGCCCCUGGAUAAGCGCACAAACCUGAAGAAGCCAAACUCUGAGCGCACUGGCCACGGCUUCAGGGUGAAGUUCAACCCUCUGGCGCUCCUGCUGGAUGCCUCAUUGGAGGGAGAGUUUGACCUCGUCCAGAGGAUCAUCUAUGAGGUAUGUCAUGACUGUGUGGAAAAUGCCAGCACUGCCAAUGACGAGGGCAUCACACCCCUGCACAACGCCGUGUGCGCGGGACACCACCACAUAGUCAAGUUCCUGCUGGACUUCGGUGUGAAUGUCAACGCCGCAGACAGUGAUGGAUGGACUCCGCUUCACUGUGCCGCCUCCUGCAACAGUGUUCAUCUCUGCAAGGUGUUGGUGGAGUCGGGGGCUGCCAUCUUUGCCAGCACCAUCAGUGAUGUGGAGACUGCUGCAGAUAAAUGCGAGGAAAUGGAAGAGGGUUUCAUCCAGUGCUCCCAGUUUCUAUACGGUGUUCAGGAGAAGAUGGGCGUAAUGAACAAGGGGACGGUGUACGCUCUGUGGGAUUAUAAAACACAGAGCCAGGACGAGCUGGCGUUCGGCGAGGGGGACGCCAUCACUAUCCUGCGACGACAAGACGACAGUGAAACAGAAUGGUGGUGGGCGCAACUGGAGGACAACGAGGGCUAUGUGCCCCGCAACCUGCUGGGGCUCUAUCCCAGGAUCAAGCCUCGUCAGCGUUCCCUGGCAUAGUCUCUCACUCCACUGACCUCUGGCCAUCAGCUGGACUAGUGACACAACCAAGAGCCGAGAACAAAGGGGCCUGGUGCUCUGUCUUCUCCCCGUGGCCAUAGCCUCCCCCGACCGUGUGCUUCUCACAAAAUCCUUUUUUCUCUGAAGCAGUGGGCACCAAACUCUGACACACAUAUUUACAAAAGCAAACACCGACCACUCCAAAGUCGAAAAUCUCUCCAACCACUCCAUCCUGAUCCCUCUCUCUCUCUCUCUCUCCCUCCGUCCCACCUUUCACCCUUUCGCUCCGUCAUCGUCCCACCUUGAUUCACCCUGAUUCAGUGUCACCGACUUGAAGAAGAAAACACUAACCCGUGUCUCAGUAUUUCCUGCAGUGUUCACUCUUCUUCAGCCAUGAGUUGUGUGGUGGCCCUGGUUGCACGACACUAAACGGUGACUCUCAUGGUGAGGCGAUGCUGAUUUUUAUUGGUGAAAUUUACUUUGAGUUAUGGUACGUUUUUAUGCAAAUUUGAUUCACUUGCACAGAAAAAAUGUGUUCGUCUAACCACCAAAGAUGAAUAUAGAGUUGACGGCUACCCUCCAAUCAGUAAUUAACAGCUCCCGGGAGUUGGUUUAAUAUCCUUCUAGAUAUUGUCAUGAUUUAAAAAGAACAAAAAGAAAUAUUGUAAAUCCUAAGUAUUAACUACACGGGCCAGUCGGAUCAAAUCCAACAUAUUCAAGCAAAGAUGAAUAUAGGUUGUCAGCUCACACAUUGUCAUGAACAUCAUUUGAAGACUUGUUUUUUCAUUCAGCGUCCUCUGUUCAGAAACUGGAUGCACGGUAAUCCAGUUUUUCUGUUAUUUUUGAUUUCAAAAUCUAUUUAACUGUGUGAAAACACAGUUUGUAUGUUUGCUACACUGGUGAUCACUGCAAUUAACAAAUGCUGCAGUUUCCGAAAGAUACUGUGAUGGAAAUAGGCAACGAACAGUAUUUGACUUUACCAACAAAAGUUGAUUGAGAAGCGGUUAAUGCACAACAGCUGUAGAGUGUGUGUAUAUAAACGUACACAUGUACAAUAUAUCUUACUUAAGGUAUUGCAACAUUUAGGAAUUGGGGGGGAAAGAAAGUCGUUUUAUACUUUUAAAUUCCCCAGUGGUGAGGUUGAAAAGAAUCAACUCCACAGAGACGGAAAAAUGCUAGUUAUUGAUGGUGUUAUUGGGUCAUUUCUGCUAAUUUCAAGUCAUUUACAGUAUACAAUACUCACUUCAAAAAUAGAUUGAUUUUCUGACUUCUGGUACCUGAUUAGAUUUACAAUUUCUAACCUGACAACAUGGCAGAGAAGACCCUGAAAAGGAGAAAUUGUAAAAGGUCCAGACACUGUGCCUCAGAAACACUGAACUCAUCACCCAAACCAUAUUACAAACUUUAUUUAACACAUUAGACAAAGUGAACCCUCUAUAUCAAUAACCUAGUUUUGGUCUCUGGUCAUCUACUGUCGCAAUUAUUUUUCUGUGGCUGUGACAAUCCCCACUUGAAACACUUAAUCUCAGGACCACCAUGGUGCUGCUGACACUGUUCCACCACUAAACUAGUGAGCAGCUUUCUAUUUUAUAUCUCUACAAACAAAUAUCUCUGCAAUGGGCAAAAAUGAAGAGAAGGUUAUUGUGUCUGAAAUGUACAUUUGCUUCAGACAAUCCUGAAUUCGCCCAGUUCUCUUCCUCCAGCUGCCCCUCUUUCAGGUAUUCACCAUUCCAGUUACACUCAUACACCUGUUACAUGUCAUUGAACAUUUAGAGUUCAUCAACUUGUUCUGAACCUUGAGUGACUGAGUGUUGUGCCAAGGGUGCUCGUGGCCCAGGCUCUAUCAUGGCUUAACCUGUACAUAGUGUGAGGAGACGUGCUAAAUGUUUGCUGUAUGGACAAGUGGGCUUUCUGUAUAAACACUGUACUCAAAGAUUGAAUUAUGUAAAUGUGAAUAAUAAAACAGAAGCUCUGGCAUGA